UGUAGAUUGGACCUUUUUGUUGUAGGUGUGUUAUUUAUCAAAGAAAAUAUGAGCAGGUUGGUAGAAGAGGAACAGGACUGGAUGCCAUGCGGCUUUGAGAUUAACUUCCCAGCACUCCUAGAGAAGGCCAAGGACCUGGACUUGGACAUCCCUUAUGAUGACCCUGUUUUGGAAGAGAUAUAUGCCAAGAGGAAUCUGAAGCUCUCUAAGAUACCUCUGGAUGUGCUGCACGCCAUACCAACGACCCUACUCUUCAGCGUGGAGGGAAUGGUAGAUUUACCAUUGGACUGGGAAACGCUACUCCGAUUGCGGUGUCCGGAUGGCUCCUUCCAUUCCUCACCUGCUGCCACAGCUGCUGCCCUCAGUCACACCGGUGACAAGGAAUGCCAUGCGUUCCUGGAUAGGCUCAUCCAAAAGUUCGAGGGGGGAGUGCCAUGUAGCCACUCAAUGGACACUUUUGAGCAAUUAUGGGUGGUCGAUCGGCUGAUGCGUCUGGGGAUAUCAAGGCACUUCACAAGUGAAAUUCAGCAGUGCUUAGAGUUUAUUUACAGGCGCUGGACUCAAAAGGGACUGGCUCACAACAUGCACUGCCCAAUCCCGGAUAUUGAUGACACGGCCAUGGGUUUCCGUCUCCUCCGUCAGCAUGGCUACGACAUCACUCCAUCUGUGUUUAAGCACUUUGAGAAGGAUGGCAAGUUCGUCUGCUUCCCAAUGGAGACCAACCACGCUUCUGUGAAGCGGUAAAAUUCAACAAACCACCACACUUGAGAUGAUAUUGAACUUUUACCAGAUAUGAAAUGGCCGAACCUCUAUUUUCAUUGGUAACUACAGUGGAAGCAGUGGCUUAUGGCAUGGACUGCAAAGGAGAGCCAUGGAUCCGUUGAUGGAGAUACAGCAUUGUUGUUCGUCCGCACCAUCGAGAUCUGCUCAGGAAGGAUUGUUUCAGCCGAGCAGAAACUGAACCUUUGGCAUUAUUCCCAGCUCGAGCAGCUCACCUCUUCCAUCUGCCACAAGCUUGCCACAAUAGGUCUUUCUCAGAAUGAGGCAAGUAUGGAGAACACAGAGGACUUACACCGGCAAGUGGAUUUGGAGAUGCAAGAACUAUCUUGGCGUGUUCAUCAGGGUUGCCAUGGCAUCAAUAGAGAGACCAGACAGACAUUUCUCAACGUGGUGAAAAGCUUCUAUUAGUCGGCUCAUUGCUCACCUGAAACAGUUGAUAGCCACAUCGCAAAGGUCAUAUUUCAGGAUGUCAUUUAGGA